CUAGCCAACCUUUGACCCAAAGAGUUAAAGUAUAGUAAACAGCUGGGAAGUUGCAUGAAAUUAAACUUGUCAAAACUCAGUCCUAGAUCAAAGUUUAGGUUGCAGUUUACUUCAUCAUGAACCGGAAACUGGUUACAAUACUCCAAAUCUCAGAUUCAGCAUUCCCAACUGGAGGGUUUUCGCACAGUGUGGGCCUAGAAGCAGCCAUCAAGCUGGGCAUUGUCAACACAGCAAAAAACUUCAAACAGUUCACCGUACAGUGUAUGGAGAAUGCAGGUUCUUUCAGCCUGCCAUAUGUGACAGCUGCAUACCACAGCUACAUGGACCGGGACAGACUCACAGACCUGGACUCCAGGUGUCAGGCUUGUCUCAACAACCAUGUAGCCAACCGAGCCAGUAUCAGACAGGGAAAUUCCUUAAUUGUCACAGCAGCCAAGAUAUUCCCUGAUGAAGAAAUCAGACAAAUAGAGACCUUACUGGACCAGGACAGACUGUAUGGCCACUAUGCUGUGAUGUUUGGUUUUCUGAGUUCAGUGUUACAGCUGGACCUUCAUCAGGCUCACCAGAUGUUUGUGUUUGGGGUGCUGAGAACUAUAAUAGCCAGUGCUGUUAGGUUAGGCAAUGUUGGAGCCAUUGAGGCUCAAAGAAUUCAGUUUGAGUUGCAGCAAGGUGUGGAUAACAUCAUCAGAAGGAACCUGAGCCGUACAGUGGAAGAAGCCUGUGUUACCUUCCCGCUGGUGGACAUCACACAGAACACACAUGACACCAUGUUCGCCAAACUCUUCCACUCCUAACAGCAAUGUGUUGCAGCCACACUGUUAGGUUGUGUCUGUUGAGCCAUUGGAAACAUUUAACUAUGUAAAAAAUUUCCUCAAGCUAAAGCUGCUUUGGGGAGAUAAGUACCUAGUUUUUUCACAAAAUUGUAGGUAUUUGAGAAAAUGUGAAAUGCAUUAUGUUUAUGUUUAUGGGUCUUAAGUAGAAACCCAAGCAAUUAAUGAACAUAUAAAGAGGAUGAAGAGGUUUCUGAUCAAAACCUUUAAUAAAUCAUACUACAUGUACUUUAACAGCUAUUUGUAUCAGCUAAGAUGGGUUGAUACAUAAAGAUGUCAUGGUAUGAUCUUCUAUGAUAUAUUCUAUGUCAUGAAAUCCACAUUUUUCUGUGCAUUAUCACUUCAAGUGCAAAAUUGUUAUCUUACAUGUACUAUAAGUACAAGUACAUUGAGUGCAUCCAGUACAAUGUACAUUUUAUGCACAAUGAUAACUGAUUAUUCCACAUUUAUAAAAGAUGAAAUGCAGGAAAGAAAUUCUGAGUCCUAAUUGUAAACCACACCAACACACAAAUAUUGUAAGCAUCAUACAAAAGUAUGAAAAGCUUACUUUGUUAAAAAUACAAAAGUAAAAAAAAAUCUGAACUUCAGAAAAUAACAAAAGGGCACACAAGAAGUCAGCUAAGCUACAUUAUCUAAUCUUCACACCAUACAAAAAUGUACUUGGAUGGAUCACUGUAUAUCAUGGGAAGAGGGGGUGACAAUAUGGGACCAAACUUUCGCCAUCUUUCAUAAUUUUUCCAUAGAUGUAGGCAAAAAGUAUACUUAUAGCAUUGUGAUCCAUCCCAAAAGUUUUCAAUCCACAACAUAUUUUUAGGUGUUUAUUUCACCUUCUUAUCACCAAAGCUAUAGUCAUUGUUAGGUUUUACCAAGCUCCAAAAAUAUAGUUUUGAUUCUGUCGUCUACAUCAAAUCAUUGACUGGAAACCCUUCCUGAGGAUUUCUAGCCACAUAUUGGUGUUUGGUUCACCAUGUUCUCAGCAAAAGUUAUAGGCAACUUCGCUCCUUUUACAAGUAGCUCAUCUAACGAUUUUAACGCCGAAAUGCAGACCGCAAAUGGACCAAUCAGCACCCAGAUCCAGGCAAAGAAGAAGCCCAGUGGCCAACCAACGAAAAUCAGUAGGAGGAGCCACAAAAUGCUCCACAUCCAAUCACAUUUGCCCAUGUUGUGUGUUUAGUACAGCUAAUGUACCACAACUUCAAAGUGAUGUGAUUACAACAGGUAAACGGCUCUACUGUAAAUCUGAAAAUUACAGCUAGGUUUGAUUGAUGUCGGCAACUACUGGAUGUAAUUUAUAGAACAAUGAGUUCCUAUAUUGACACAAACUCUUGACCUUUGUACAGGUAACCCACAAUUGUAAGACUGGUGAUUAAAUGUUAGACUACACAGGUUCAGGCCUUAAACUUAGCCUUCAAACCGCAGGUUUCUGGAGAAGUGUCCUUGAAAAGUCCUUGAAAUUCUUGCAGAUCGUGUCAGGAAUGUCAAUGUCCAAUAUGGUGGCUUUGAUGCAACAGCUUCACCAGCAAAAGUGAAGUUUUUCCAAAGUUUGUUAGAUAUGGUUGCUGCAGUUGAUGACAAAACACUCCUCAGUAAAAGUCAAGCAGCUAUUAAAAUUCUUACACGGCUUUCUUCUCAGCUUAGCACGUACAGAGUUUCCAGACCACCUUGUCCUGAUUGGGUUGUUGUCUUCUGUGUCUUCACAGUAGUUUCAGAACUUCCAGUUGUGGUCUGUUUUGAGUAGCUUCAAGCACAAUGUCCCACAGAAUCAGCUUGACUGUCCAGUCCUUGUCCUAGGAUGACAAGAUCAGGUGUUUCAGGCAGCAAAAUCUGCUCUUGGUCUCCCACCUGGUUCAAACCGCCUGUGUAUCUUUCUCCAGUAGGACGAGUAGAACCGAGUCAGACGUAAUCACGAGAGGAUCAGCGACUAAGUCACCUUCUGUGAUUGUGAGAUUAAAACGUCACUGCCCUAAGAUGUGAAGAUAACAAUCAGAGUGAAGCCACAGACACUGCAAGGUAACCUCCCCUCAGGGCUUGAAAUUAGGAUCUACGCCCUUUCUAAACACCCACAUAACAAUGUUUGUGUUGGCUUGGCAAUGCAUACAGAGCCAGCCAAGCUGAAAGUAAAGGUGGGGAGUAGAGAGCAGGCGUGUGGUUGUGGCAAAACAGACUAUCACUAGGUUAUUUAUAAUUUACGAUACACUCAUUACACAAUCACAACCCUUUAUAUGGCAGCAACAUUUUAUUACAAAAAAGGCUGAAUAAGGUAUUAAUUGUAUCCAAAUUAGGCUCAAAAUAGAAAAUUCAUCCAUUAUUUAUGCUCGGCAGCCAUGCGUGACUGCGUGUCGAUGCCGUGAAAGUAGCUAGGUGGAGUUGACAAUGAUGUAUAAUAGAAAAACAGACUACAAAAAAACAGUACAUGCCCCUAACAGUUCUAUUCCAAUCCAUGCAUGCAUGAGCAGUUGACGUCACUUGUGACCUAAUUUGUUGCCAUGUUAAGUCUGGAAUUAAGAUUCACAUCACACCGGUGGAAGGGUUCAAUUAACUCUAAACAUCAGAACACUUGUUAGUACAUAACUAAAAUCAUGCAAGACAUCAGCAUAUCAAGAUAAAUAUGAAACUUAAUGUUUUUAUCUAACAUCUGUUUUUAUCUAACAUCUUCUAAAAUCAUUUAGGUUCAACACGUUGCAAUGACAAGAUACAUGUAUCUGACCAGCUU